AUGAAGACCACCUCGCUCAUCGCCGCCGCCACUCUGGCUGGCUUCGUCGCUGCCAACCCGGUCCCUUGGACCAAGAACAGCCCUCGUAGCGAGCUCGCUGCUCGCAUGGCCGAAAACAGUCUGCUCGCCUCGCGCUCCAUCUCGAGCGACGCCGCCGCCUUUUCGUCCAAGCAGUACGACUACCUCGUCGUCGGUGCCGGUACUGCCGGUCUCGCCGUCGCUGCCCGUCUCUCCGAAGGCGGCAAGUACAAGGUUGGUGUACUCGAGGCUGGUGGCUCCGGUCUCGGCGUUGGCAUCAUCGACACCCCCGGCCAGUUUGGUGCUGACUUGGGCACCGUCUACGACUGGAACUACACCACCGUCGCACAGAACGGCGUGCCCUCCAGCGGCUGGCCUCGUGGAAAGGUGCUCGGUGGCUCGUCGGCGCUCAACUUUUUGGUUUGGGACCGUUCGUCUAGAUACGAGAUCGACGCUUGGGAGGAGCUCGGCAACCCUGGCUGGAACUGGAACAACCUCUACGCUGCCAUGAAGAAGUCGGAGCACUUCCACGCGCCUAGCCAGGAGAACGCUGACCUGCUCGGCGUCAAGCCAGUUGUCUCGGACUACGGUUCCUCGGGUCCCAUCCAGGUCGCUUUCCCCAACUACAUUUCCCAGCAGGUUCGCCGCUGGAUCCCCGCCCUCCUCUCACUCGGCAUCCCCAAGAACGACCAGCCUCUUUCGGGCGAGAACGUCGGUGUGUCGCAGCAGCCUUCGGACAUCAACCCUUCCAACUACACUCGUUCCUACUCGGCCCCCGCCUACCUCUUCCCCAACCAGGCUCGUUCCAACCUCAAGGUGCUCACCAACGCUCUCGUCUCCAAGGUCAACUUUGAGACGAACUGCGGCACCAACUGGGCCUCGGGUGUCACCUUCACCAGCAACGGCAAGACUUACACUGUCAAUGCGACCAAGGAGGUCAUCCUUUCCGGUGGUACCGUCAACACUCCUCAGAUCCUUGAGCUUUCCGGUAUCGGCUCCAAGGAUGUCCUGGCCAAGGCAGGUGUCGAGGUCCUCUACGAGAACGCCAACGUCGGCGAGAACCUGCAGGACCACACCUACUCGGCGACCGUGUACAACCUCAAGUCUGGUUUCCAGACGCUCGACUCGCUCCGAUCCAACACCACCUUCGCCGCUGACCAGGCUGCUGCUUACAAGGCCAACCAGUCGUCGAUCUUGACCGAGACCGUCCCGUCGAUCUCUUACGUCUCGCUCGCGCGCGUCGUGGGCCAGGAGCGUGCUGCUGCCAUGAUCGCCGAGGUGACCAAGUACGUCUCGUCGGUGCGUGCUCCUUACAAGCAGACGCUGGUCAAGCAGCUCGACUUCCUCAACAGGUACCCGGACAAGGUCGGCCAGAUGGAGCUGAUUGGCAUCGACGGGUACUUUGCCGGUACCGGUGCUCCCAAGCCCAGCGAGACUUACUUCACCAUCCUCGCCGCCAACCAGCACGCUUUCGCUCGUGGCAGCAUUCACAUCACCUCGAACGACCCCACCAAGUACCCUACCAUCGACCCCAAGUACUUUAGCGUUCCGUUCGACCUCGAGAUUGCCACGGCCGGCACCAACUACACGCGCCAGAUCGGUCUGAGCAAGACGUACAGCGACAUGGUCGUGGGCGAGUACUGGCCUGGUAACGUCGACCUGCAGCAGUACACCAAGACUACGUCGGUGACCGAGUACCACCCGAUCGGAACUGCUUCCAUGCUGCCCCGCAACCAGGGCGGUGUGGUCGACUCGAGCUUGAAGGUGUAUGGUACGGACAACCUGCGUGUUGUGGAUGCUUCUAUCAUUCCUUUGCAUGUGGCUGCCCACAUCCAGUCGACCAUCUACGGUGUUGCAGAGUACGGUGCCCAGAUCAUCAAGAGCCAGGCUUAG